AUGAAAACGUGCAUUGUCAUUCGUGUUACUGACCCACGCCGGGCCACACCAUGGAUGCAUCCAUGGGCCACGCAGGUUUGGAUUUUCACCGAUGAUCUGUAGAUGGCGAUGUCGGCGCCGUUGAAAACUACAAGGAAGUAGAAGAAGCCAAAGUUAUGACCGGAAGUCUCCUAUUUCUGCUCAUGCUUUUGAGGAAACAGUUCACAGACGCAUUUACUAUUUCCUCCUUGAGAUACCAGAGAUGAAGAAACAAGACACUGACGAGGCAGCCCCCCAGGGCGGUGAAGAUGCUCCACCUAACGUUAGAGAAGGAGGGAUGGAGUCACCUGCAGCUGCAAAAGACAGCUCAGACAGCAACAGCCCCAAGGAGUCUGAACCACAGACACCACAGACAGACACGCCGCCACAGACAGACACAUCUCCACUAGGCGAGGAGGCGGGUAGUGAAGUUGCAGAGGCAACACUUUCUCGUGACAUGGCUGAGGAGCUGAGCCGGCAGCUGGAGGACAUCCUCAGCACCUACUGUCGGGAAACCAUUUCAGACAAAGCCAGCACCCUGCCCAAUGGCCAGUCGCAUAGCCCGGAGCUCAACGGCCUGACCAAUGAGGGGGAGGACGGCAAGCCAGAGGGCAAAGUCAACGGAGCUGGCAACGGAUUGGAGAAAGAGCAGAAGAAGACUCAGGAUAAGAAGAAACUGAAGGGUCUGGGGAAAGAGAUCACUCUUCUAAUGCAGACUCUGAACACACUGAGCACCCCAGAGGAAAAGCUUACAGGCCUCUGCAGGAAGUAUGCUGAACUGCUGGAAGAGCACCGCAACACCCAGAAGCAGAUGCGAGUGCUGCAGAAGAAGCAGAACCAGGUGGGCCAGGAGAAAGACAACCUUAGGAACGAACACAGCAAGGCCAUCCUGGCUCGCAGCAAGCUGGAGAGUCUCUGCAGGGAGCUACAGAGACACAACCGCACACUCAAGGAGGAGGGGAUUCAAAGAACGCGUCUGGAGGAAGACAAAAGGAAGGAAGUGACCUCCCAUUUCCAGGUGACCCUGAACGACAUCCAGGCUCAGAUGGAGCAGCACAACGAGAGGAAUGCCAGUCUCCGACAAGAGAACACAGAACUGGCUGAGAAACUGAAGAAACUCUAUGAACAGUACAAACUACGAGAAGAGCACAUAGACAAAGUGGUGAAGCACAAAGACCUGCAGCAACAGCUGGUGGACGCCAAGCUGCAACAGGCUCAGGAGCUGCUGAAGGAGUCGGAGGAACGCCACGACCGAGAGAAACACUUUCUGCUGAAAGAAGCAGUGGAGUCUCAAAGGAUGUGUGAGCUGAUGAAGCAGCAGGAAGUUCACCUCAAACAGCAGCUGUCACUGUACACAGAGAAGUUUGAAGAGUUUCAGACCACUCUGUCCAAGAGCAACGAGGUCUUCACCACAUUCAAACAGGAGAUGGAGAAGAUGACUAAAAAGAUCAAGAAGCUGGAGAAGGAGACGGCCAUGUAUCGGUCCAGGUGGGAGAGCAGCAACAAGGCUCUUCUGGAGAUGGCAGAAGAGAAGUCUACGCGGGACCGCGACUUUGAGGCCCUUCAGGGGAAAGUCCAGCGGCUCGAGAAGCUGCGGCGGGCGCUGAAAGUGGAACGCAACGAGCUCAACAAGAAGGUUCAGAACCUCAGCGGUCGGGACAGUGUCACGGCGGAGGCCUCCGCCUCCGACCCAGUGCCCGACUCCCCCUCUCCUCCACCUACAGACUCUUUACUGGAACCCAGCAGCCACCUGGCCCCGGACACCACCCCCUGCUCCCAGUCCUGCCACUGUGACCCAGAACUGGACACAGACACCCUACUAGAGGAGGCAAAGGCUCUGCCCGUCGCUGCACAGGAAUGAAGCGCCGCUGCUCCGUCUCCUCUUCCCCUCCAGCGUAAAGCCACCCAACGAUAAGCCACCAGCCUGCAAGACACUACUCCUCUGCUGGAUGAAGCUGAUUACAUAGCACGGUCAACUUGUGUCCUCCCAGCAUGCUCUGCAGGCUUUAUAAAGGUAGAGCGAAGACUGUGCCUCAUCUGUCGGUCCAUUUACAUGCACACCAUAACACAGUUACAGUGAAUAACUCCAUUAAGGUAAUAGUUUGAUUGAAGCAUUUACAUGGUUUACAAUAACCUAAUUUCCCUCAGUAAUCUGAUAUUCCUGAUUCAUUUAGUGGUUAAUUACCACAGCCAGACUACAGGAAACAUGUUAUUAGCAACACAGAGUUCCAAGUUAAUUCAUAAUUUCAUUUAUUAGUGUAAAAUGACCCCGUUUCUGGUGACGCUACAAAAACGUGUUGCACGUGCUAUUUGUAUAGAAACAUCCAGUCUAAAACCUGCCCUGAAUCAAAACAUUGGAAGAAAUCAGACAUGAGUGAUAUACAUGUCAGAAUAAUUCAACUUAAACCCUAACUUGACCAAGACCACGGCUGCUGUCUGUACUAAUGUAAUUAUUAGUGUGCAUGUAGAUGAACAGACUCCCUCUGUGUCGUGCUGCUUUACUACACAUUCCCUUUUUGAAUUGCAUCAAAAACACAGAACGGCUUAAGAUAAGUUACAAUGCUGCUUGGGAUGACACAAGCUGUGUGUGUGUGUGCGCGUGUGUGUUCUAAAGGCCACUUAUAGUAAUUUAAUGUUUUUCUUUCAAAUGAAGUCUUAACAGGGUUGUGUAUAGCAAGUUGUUUCUUUAGCAAAUCCAAUUAAUAUUCACCUAAAAAUAAGAUAGAAUUCUACGUCAUUAAUUAAGGACCAUUUUAAGGAAAUGUUUCUUUGUUUUCUUGUUUGCAUCACACCGCUUCUUUUGAUUUUUUUUUUGUUUUUUUUGGUUCUGUGUUUAUUGUUUAAAGCAUACUCUAUUGAAAUAUGUAUCUAACGGAACACCACUAUAAAAUAAAUCUGUUUAUUUUUUACUAAUUUAGAUCAUGUGUAAAAGUUUCACUUGUAUGACCAACUUUUCAUUCCUAACCUUUCUGAGUUCAGUUGAUAUAACCUUGUAACGAUGACCACUUGAAACUUUUUUUGUGCAUUGGUAUGUGAAGGAGAAAGGUAUAGUUUUUGGUGAACACCUUUUUUAAAAAUCUUUCAUCAAAAUAUGAUUCCAUACUGUUCGAUAUCGGGAAGAAUCUGCCUCAAGAGCAUGCUCAGACCUCCAUUUUGUUCCAUCCAGAAUCAUCCAAAAGUCAGGGUGAUUCAGACGGAGCACAAGCCAAACAAACUCCUACUGGAACCAGAGCAGAGCAAGGGAGCCUUAGAUGUGACCCAUGCAGGACUAGAAUAUGUGGAGCACACUGGAAAACGGUCGAAGGAGGACAGAAAGCGUUGGAUGUGGAGGACGACCCUGAAGUGUCAAAGCAAGCCGUGUUCAAACGGACGAUGAAGCCGUUUACAGAGCUUGAAAUCGAAAGGAAGGAAUAGGGCAAAAAAGGUGUUCAACAAUAACAGACUAUAACUGGGUGGGUGGGUGGGGGGGUACACACGUGGCUAUGAUUGUCUCCUUCCAGCCCUGGUAAUAGCAGUAGCUUGUAAUCAGGUUUUAACAAGAGAAUGUUCAAGGACCUCUAUGCAACGCUUGCCUCCUGGUUUUAUUCUGUGUCUCAACUGACAAGCAUUAGCUGAGAAUGUAUAGCAUUAUCUCCACUGCCCUGCAUGGAUGUAUUGCAAAAACCAGACAACAUAUCUCACAGCAGAAGUUUAUUUUGCAUAGGUUUGAACCUUGUUAAUUGCCUUUCAAUUGUUGUUUGACAGUGAACUCAAUAUUGUGCAUCUCCCUGAUGCUUUUACAAGGUGCAUUGACUGAGACGAGGGGGAAUAAGUUAUUGGACUUCUGAGUUGUACUUUGACUCUCAAACAUAUCCAUUUCUCUUCAAAUAUUUGUACGUACUACUUGAUAUGUAGCAUUGCUCACAAGGGGUCAAUUUAAAAAAUCAGAAUCAUUUUCAACUUGAAUAGAAACGGCAGACCUAAUUUCUUCCAUUGUCCCACAGGACAGAUUCAUCGUACCUCUGGUCAUGUGGUGGAUGUGAAGGUUCAUUAACCAUAAUAAGGAACCAAAGAUGUUUACUUUUUGUCUUUUGCAGUACUUUUUUCUGGGCCUUGUAUCAUUUGUUUCUUGUUAAAUAAAGAUGUAACAGUGUA